AUGCUCCGUCACGCCCUCUCCUCUCCGACAAUUCGCGCACUUGCUUCCCUUCCCCGUGGCCCUCCUCCCGAGGAGAUCCUCCGGUGUGCCUCUUCAGCAACAGAAUUCCUCUCUUUCACCUUCAGUCCUUUGGAAAAAGCUGCCUUCUCCCACAUCAACAAUGAUCCUUCCACCCGCUGGCCCCUGAAAGAGUCUCUGAUCAAGCCCUGGCACAAGGUCUUCCUCGUCGCCCAAUGCGAGGCCUCGGGCGGCGACUACGGCGACCGAAUUUCCCUCCAGGCCCGCCAGAAGCUCUUAUCGGACAAACCCCGCAUCGUAAAGAUCCUGGGCCAGGUACUGCGCGCCUGCGCCGACAUCAUGGGCUGUCGCAAAGAUGCCAUCGGCCUGAGGCGUUCCCUCGAGACCUGGCGUGCCGUCGUGUCCAAAAGCUAG